CCCCGAACUCCAACUCCCAGCAGGCAGCGGGACGCGCGACCCCGGAAGCGGACGGAGCCUUUUCUCCCGCGGCAGUUACGGCGUUGAGCUGGGGAUCGCGCCGGACCGGCGGGGCGUUAAGCCAUGCCUGUUUCAGCUGAUGAAACUGUGGGGAACGUGGCUGUGAGAGAUACAGUCCUUACUCCAGCUGGAAUUGAAGGAUUACAAGAAUCAUCAUCUACACGGAAUGUGAAAGCUCAACAAGUCAUAUCAAGAAUCAGUCGAGAGGAACUGGAAGACAGAUUUCUUUGUCUGCGUGAUGACCACAUCCUACUCAAACAGUAUGCCAAUAAGCAAGAGGAGAAAAUUAAAAGAAUGACCACCAAGUUAAUACGGCUUGUUAAUGAUAAAAGAAAAUGUGACCAGGCUGGCUGUGGACCCAAGCGGCUGGGUCAGGCUCUGGAGCUGGAAGAAAUGAUUGAGCAUUUGCGAGAAAAAGUUCAUGAGCUUGAGAAACAAAAUGAGAGCCUCCGCAGCAAACUCAUUUCAACUAAACAGCAGCUCCAGAUUCAAGGCCAUAGGCCUUGUCUGUACAGCUCCAUUCAAUCUCGUGUGAACACUGGUCUCAAAAAAGAGUGUGAGAUUGCUGGCAUGCCAGAGCACACCAAGAAGGGAAUGAGAUUUCAAAGUUUAGAAGUGAGAUCGUCUGACCUUGUGCUCCCCAAAUAUGGACAGAGUCUGCUCGAGGAUUCAAGGGCUGAAAUCAGAAAUUUGGAGACUGUCAUUGAGUCCCAAAAGAAUCAAAUUGAGGAACUAGACCGUGCCAGAGAGAUUCUUGGGAGUCAGCUAAGAAGGAAAGAAAAGGAAAUUGAAGAAUCCACCCUACGGCUGAAAGAGCAGGGUACAGCAAGCCAAAGGCUAAACAUUCAGGACAAUGUGGAAAUGAUCAAGGUCCGUAAACAGCUGACUGAGAAAAGCAAUGCUCUUUCAGCAAUGGAAGGAAAAUUUCUCCAGCUUGAAGAGAACCUAAAGAACUUGAAGACAAACCAUGAUGCAUUAUUAGCAAAAGGUGAUGAAAUGAAUGUUCAGCUUAAAGAGGAGCGGUUAAAGUGCUUUCACCUUCAAAAAGAAUUGCAGACAGCAACUAUUUCAAAGAGAAGAACAGAAGAGUUACAGGAAAGAAUAAAUGAUCUAGAAAAAGAGAACGAACUCUUGAAGGAAAACUAUGAUAAGCUGCAUAACAGUGUCUUCAGUCUGCCCCAUGAACAGCAGUGGAAAUCAAAGGAACAGCAACUGAAACUGCAAAUUGCUAAACUAGAGGCAGCUAUCAAAAAUGAUCUAGCAGACAAAAAUGAAAUCCUUGACAAGAUCAAAGUAGAAAGAGACCAAAAGGAAAAGCUGAUGCAAGACAACAAAGACCUGCAGUUACGCUACCUGGAACAAAAGCAACAACUAGAUGAUCUGAAAAAUAAAGUGAAGUUUUUAACCAAGGAUCGAAAGCAACAAAAGAAUGUGGACCUUCUGUUCUUAGAAAAAGUGGAAGAUGACAUCCAUAAAGAUUUAGAAUACUCCAUGCAGGAGCUGCAGUUAACACAUGUGGAAACUGUGCAAGAACUUGAAAAGACAAGGAAUUUGUUACUUGUGCAGCAUAAAAUUAGCAAAAAUUACCAGACUGAAGUAGAAACAAUGACAAGAAAGAUGGAAAGUCUACAGAAAGACUGUGAGUUAAAAUUGGAACAGUAUACCAAUCUUCUUGACAUUAGAGCUGCACGUAUCAGAAAACUAGAAGCCCAACUAAGAGACAUUGUGUAUGAUACAAAACCACUUAAGCCCAGACAAGAAGUAUUGCCAAGUGAUCCAGUGGGAGGAUUUAUUGAAACUGUUCAUUUAGAAAGAGGAGAGAACCUUUUUGAAAUUCAUAUCAGCAAAGUGAUCUUCUCUUCUGAAGCUAUGCACACUUUUGGUGACUGGGAACCUGCAACCUUUUGUACUUACGCAUUCUAUGACUUUGAACUUCAGAUAACCCCAGUAGUUCAUGGGAAGACCCCAUUAUAUGACUUCACUUCUCAGUUUCUUGUGCAGUCUGAUGAUAGCUUCUUUCACUAUAUACACGAAAACAGCAUCACACUGGAAGUUCAUCGUGCAUAUGGCAUAGAUUAUGAAACAAUUGCUUCUUGUCAGCUUACGUUCCAUGAAAUCUUGGAAAAGGAUGGCAAGAUCUACAACACAGCAGAUUUAGUCGGAAAAACAGGACACAUUCAAAAUUAUGGUACCGUAGAAUACUGGAUCAGGUUACAAGUUCCUAUGGACCAAGCUAUUAUUCCCUACAAACAGAGGUCAAAGGAUCUAGGAUAUAUAAUGCCCAGUUUUAAGGAACAUAAACAACCAUCCAAGAAUCCACUCAAAAUGAAGCAACGUGCAGCUCAAGCACACAAGAAAGUCUCUUUUCUGGAUCUUAGUGCAGUACAGAUGACACAUGUGGUACAGGAUGCUAAACAGCUGUCGGGUGACAAAGUGAAGGAGAUGGCUGAAGAAAUUCAGCAGGAAAAAGAAGAGCUCUCUCAUCUAUCAGAGGAGCAGUUGGCUGACCAAACAUUGAUUACUUCUAGAGAUGAGACAGAAAUAAUUGAAGAAUUGGAACCAGAAGAUCAAGAAGAUCCUCAAGAGGAUGAUGCUGUUGAAUCAAUAAAAACUGAUAGUGAUGACUGUAUUAUUUCAAGUCCAGUAUCCACAAAUAUUAAACAACUGAGUCAGAGUAUACAUGGCAAUUAUUUGGAAGUUGAAAAAAUCCAGAUUAAAAUUACAUCACUUAGUCUUACUGAGUCACGAAUUACAGCAGAUGAAACAAUACAGCAGCUGUUUGUAGAAUGCAGAUUAAACAAUUUCCUUGCAGAGGAGACCCCACUGUCACUUCCAAAACUACCUAGUGGUCAGAGGAUUCACUAUAACUAUAGCACUGUGAUAAAUGUGGAUAAGGAAGAUAAUCAUGCAGAAAGAGAGUAUCUCAAGUCAAUUCUUCUAAAGCCAGAUCUACCUGCUGACAGCCUAAAAUUUACAGUGGUCAGUGAUCCUCCAGAAGAUGAGCAGGAUCUUGAAUGUGAGGACAUUGGGUUUGCUUAUGUCAGUUUAAAAGAGAUAUUCCAGAAGCAGAGAGAUAUCAUUGAGCAAGAUAUUGAUGUUUUCGAUUCACAAGAUGCCAGUGCAGUAAUUGGAAAGCUCACAGUGACAGUGGAAGCCCUCAAUGCAUUGCGUUCAGUCCACGAGGAAUGCAAAAAUGCUUAGUAGGCAGAAAAGGGACAUUUGCCUAUUGACGUUCUUGCUCCCAGUGUAAAGAUACACUUGAUGGUUCAUCAAAAAUUAGAUCUUUAUCAUUCUCACAGUAUACUUAAUGUAAAAUGUAUAUUAAAAAGAUGCUUGGUGCCCAGGUAUAAGGUUUUGUACACUUUUGAAUCUGUUUUCUUUUUUUUAAGGUCCUUGCUGAAUCAUACUUCAGGCUCUUGACACUUGAUAGUGUAAGAGUCUAACUUAGUUCCAGCGAAGUUUGGUUUCAAAUGCAUGCUUGCUUGUAAAUUUUCAGAUACCAGUUGGGGGUAUUUUGUCUAAGGAAAUAAGUGAUGUUGAACCUUCAAACAGAAAUGCUUGUAGAUUGUUACUAGGAGUAGUUCUGUCACAAUACUAUGUCAGAAUACAAUCAUUCCUGUUUGAAGUGACCUCAGAUAGUUUUUAGUCCAGUCACUGCAGGAUUAGGAAUUAUGUUAGGCCAUGUUGCUCAGGGCUGUAUCCAGCCUGGUCUGAAAACUUCCAAGGACAAGCACUGCUUAACUGCUCUCUGCACAACCUGUUCCAAUGCCUGACUGUUCUCAUAGUGAAAAAAGGAGAUGCAUUUCUACACAUUACUUCAAUCCAAACUGAAGCCAAAACCUAAGCAUGUGGAGCAGCUUUUGCACUUAAUGCACCAUCUAAUAAUUUAAUUUGUUGGGGUUUUUUUUAAUUCUAGGGAUGGCAUGUUUAUAAUUUGUUUCAGCCAUUUAACAUUUUGCACAGAAAUAAAAAUAACAAAGCAUUUUUAGUGUUGAUUUUCAUGCUUUGUAAUAUACCAUCAUAUUUUGAUCCAGUUUUGUGAAGCAGUUGACAAAAAAAAGCUGUUAUUGUUAUCAAAGUGGUUUGCUCAGGUAACAUUUCUGUAGAUUUCAGUGGUAAACAAUUUGUUACGGUUUAUUCCUGGGUUCAGAGUUUUUUAUAUUAGGCUUAGAUUAUUUUAAGAGUAAGGACAGCUGCAACAGUGCAAGACAGGUCUUCCACACAAUUAGCAAUUAUUUGUUUCACAUUUUUGUGGAACUGUCAUUCUUGUUAAAUGCAGAAUUAUUUCCGUAUGUAUUAAAGUUACAAGAACUGAACCAUUCUUGAAAAAAUGUUGUGAAAAUGUGGUCCUUCUACUGCUACCAAAAAAAAAAAAAUCAAUAAAGUAAACUCGCUUUUGCUUGUUAUA